AUGGCGACUAUUGCGACCGCGCCAGCAAUGAACGAUCAGGAGUCGGAGAAGGAGUCGAAGGCUGAUCACAGCCCCUCGCGAUUUACAGCGGUGAAUGGAAGGGAGCCUCUAGCACCCGGCGCUCUGCAUGACGCCGCAACACAUGGUGUCGACUCGACACAUGUAGACAAUCGAGAGUCUACCGAAUCUUGGCCACGAACCGGUUAUGAGCCAUCUAGUCGGUACGAGGCCAAGGCAAAGGAGAAUGGGGACACCCACAAUGAUUUGGACGAGCAGCGGUCACAGCGCUCGACAUCGCACAGUCCCUUGACUUCGUCUAUUAGGUCGAAGAGAAAGAGAUCGGAAUCUGACGACCAAGAUGACAUCGCUCAUGCGCCAUAUCGGGGCCCGCGGAGCCCAGACCAGCCGCCAGAGAGCGCAAUGGAUCAUUCGCCACAGCCGGGCAUGUCCAAUGGUAUUUUGAACUCUCAUAGCGACACUGAUUCAAAGCGCACGUCCCCUCAAGUACAGCCCAGGGCAGAUGAGGGUGAUAUUACCCGGACAUCGUCUGCAAGCGCCCCCUGGCCCGAGUACGAUACACAGCUCAUCAAUCAGGCUCAGCGGGCUCAACAAAUUGAUGCUUCGGAUGCCCAAUUGGCCGAGGCAUUACAGCGCGAGGCGCAAGGCUCCGAUGCCUCACAAAAAACCUGGGACAGCGUAAAUCGAGCAGUUGAGGGGUCAGUACCAAGUGAACAGGGUCUGGCACCUCCUUAUGCUCAAGAUCGACCACAGAGCGCGGUGCAAGUUGCACCCAAGAGAAAGCGUGUUUUCAGUAACCGAACCAAGACAGGAUGCAUGACCUGUCGGAGGCGGAAGAAGAAGUGCGAUGAACAACACCCAGCCUGUAAUAACUGCAUAAGAGGAGGCUUUAUCUGUGAAGGCUAUUCGUCCCGGAGCACAUGGCAGAAGCCAUCAACGACAAAAACACCAGUUCCCUUACAAUCCAAAGAAGGCUAUCCUGAUAUUGGCAAUCAGUAUGUACACGACAUCAACCCGCAUGAUCGGCAGCAAAACCUAGUUGAACCGAUUGAUUCGGGGAAAAUGCGACCGAUUGUUGUGGAAGAUGACAACCGUCCUACUGCCCAGUUCAAUACAAGUCCCACAGGUGUUGGGUCGGGUCGGAGCUCCUGGCCAAAGCGGACCUGGCCAAGUGCAACACAUCCAAGUUAUAUUACAGAUCCCCUAGCGAAAUCAGAUUACCGAGAAGUUCCUUCGAUUCACGAAUUGUCACGCGAGGCCCCUCCUAAAACUGAUUAUCAACUAGUCCCUCCAAUCAGGGAACUUUCACACGGGGGUCAUACAAAACCCAAUGUCCCUCUUUUUCAGACUGGGAUCGAUCAGCGACCAGCCCAUACUACUAGUGUUGACACGAGCACGCCCCAGGCUCAGGCACGGAUGGCAUUAAGUAUUGAACACCAAUUAUCUGGCCGAGCCGUUUCCAGCGAAGAGACGGAGAAAGACAAAAUGUUACGCGGUGAUCUCUAUAGGCCCUUUGAUAUCCACCUCGUGGAGGAAAGAGACCGAUGUAGAGCGGCGCUCUGGCGGUUUAAUAAUGCGUGCAACCCCGUUUCUGGUCUUACCGCCAAAGAGCAAGGUCGUUUAUUAAAGGAGAUUCUAGUGCCACAGCCUAUUACCAAUUCGCCCUCCGGGGUCACUUCACCGAGGCCUGCGGGGUCUAUCGGUCAAGGGACUGUGGUUGAAGCACCUUUCCAAUGCCACUACGGAUACAACAUUCAUAUUGGGGAGGAUGUCAUGGUAUCUGAAAGCUGCCUUUUUGUCGAUGAUUGCCCCAUUACUAUCGGAGCGCACACCUGGGUCGGCCCGCGAGUAACAAUUCUCACCUCCAUGGCUCACGCCAAUAUGCAGGAACGAAAAGGUUCACAAAGUCGCUACCAGGGCCGCCCAGUUACAAUCGAAGAGGAUUGUUAUGUUGGUGCCGGCUGUACGAUUUAUCCCGGCGUGCGUCUGCGCCGCGGAGCUUAUGUUGCUCCCGGUGAGGUAGUGAAGUCAGAUAUUGUGGCUUACGGAUUUCAAGGAUUGAAACCAAGCUACAUGUGA